AUGGGCCCAUCGCCCCCGUAUACCGUCUUCACGCGUGUCCAGAGAAGAUGCAUCGUCUUGAUAGUCACCGUGGCAGGUCUUUUCUCCGCCCUCUCCAGUCAAAUCUACUUCCCGGUGCUGAACAUCCCCCGAGUUAAUCGACGCCAGAUCUUGCAAGGCAUUGCCCCCACCUUCUUGGGCUCCUUCGCGGACCAAGUCGGCCGCCGCCCGGCCUACAGCAUCUGCUUCGUGAUCUACAUCGCAGCCAACAUCGGCCUGGCGCUGCAGCACAACUACGUCGCGCUUCUCCUGCUGCGGUGCCUGCAGAGCGCCGGAUCCAGCAGCACCGUCGCCCUGUCCGCCGCCGUCGUCGCCGACAUCUACCCCAAGGAGGAGCGUGGCUCGUCGAUGGGCGUCGUCAUGGCCGGCGCCUUCGUGGGCCCAGCAAUCGGUCCCAUCCUCGGCGGCCUGCUGGCCCGGUAUCUGGGCUGGCGCGCCAUCUUCUGGUGUCUCAUGAUCCUGUCGGGCCUGUUCUUCCUCCCCUUUCUCUUCUUCUUCCCCGAAACCGCGCGUAACGUCGUGGGUAAUGGCUCGCGUCCGGCUCCGACCUGGAGCCGCCCGUUCAUCCACCAUCUCCGACGGUCUCGUCGCGCACCUGUCGCCGGCGCAGAGACCGACGAUGCCAUGCGUUUGCGCCGAGAGCGCAGAUCUCGAUUCCGCUUCCUCAACCCCGUCCAGUCCCUGUCGAUCAUCUUCCAGCCACGCUCCGGCAUCCUGCUCCUCGCCAACGGAAUCCUGUUCGCAGCCUACACCUGCGUCAUGGCCUCCAUCCCCUCCGUCUUUCACGCCCUCUACGCCCUCGACGAGCUGCAGAUCGGCCUCUGCUACAUCUCGCUCGGCACCGGCGCCGCCGUGGCGUCGACGACCACCGGACGGAUCCUUGAUGCGUAUUACCGCGUGCUGGCCGGGAAGACACCAGACAACGUCCCGAUCGAAAAAGCCCGGUGUGUCGUGGCCCUACCGAUGCUGAUCGCCGGCGGGCUCAGCACUCUGGCCUUUGCGUGGGUGCUGGACCUCCGCGUCCACCUGGCGGCGCCGGUCACGCUGAUGUUUCUGAUCGGAUGCGGCGUCACCGGCGCGUUGAGCUGUGCCGCCACGCUCCUGGUCGAUCUGCAUCCUCGGAACCCCGGUGCGGCGUCGGCGUCUAAUAAUUUCGUCCGCUGCUUGCUCGCCGCCGGCUCGGCUGCCUUUGUAGAUCCCUUGCUCGCGGCCUUGGGAAGCGGAUGGGGCUUCACCCUCGUUGCUUUGGUCAUGCUGGCUACGGGCGUUCAGUUGCCUCUGCUCGCUUUGCAGAGAGGGAGGUUAGGGGGACUGAGUCCGGCGAAUAAUUGAAUCUGGUGGUGGACCUAUGGCCCAGGCACUAGACGGGGAC